AGAGCUCUUGCUUGCUGUCCCGAAACCCUAAUUUUCUGCUGUCCAGCAAUGCAGCUUUCAGAAAGCUGGAUGCUGGCCAGCAUUGUGCACAGCAUCCUUCAAGAUACCUACUAGUACCACCUUUAGCUGGUGCCCUGUAAAGUAGUAAGGGCUGGUUGCCGCCUUUCCGCUCGGACACCCUCUGCCAAAGAUUCAAUUCCAAGCGGAUGGAUGUGAUUGUUGGUUCAAGUCCUGAUGGCCUUUUCCCCGCCCUCCACCAUGCAACGAUUCGAUUCAGGACGCUUAGGAGCUCCCGGCUGCACCCGCCACCGCGUACACUGUUGCUUUGCAGGGACCACAAGAACUGUAAGAAACCUACGCUGACCCGUGAGCUCGCUUGCAGCAGGAAACUCGCAUUGCGAACCGGGGUUGUCUGCUGCAUGCAGAAUGCUGCGCCAGCAAGCUCUGGCAGGUUGCAACGUGGUGGCAAGGAUCCCCUCCAGAUUGUUGUUGUUGGAGCAGGGGUGGGCGGUUUGGUCGUCAGCGGAGUACUGGCUCACAAACUGGGGUCACGUGUUGAAGUGACCAUCAUUGAGAAAAAUGCUGAUAUUGGUGGACGCCUGCAAACUAUUGAGGAAGGCGGGCAUCGGUUUGAUACAGGGCCCAGCUUGCUCUUGAUGCCCCAGGCGUACCGGGCAGCCUUCCGCAGCAUGGGCACUCAGCUGGAAGACCAUGUGCAGCUGCGCCGCGUCGAGCCCGCUGCGUAUCGCGUCUUUUUCCACGAUGAUGCCGCAGGGCCGAGCUGGCUGGACUUGCUGUACGACGUGCAGGCCAUGGCUGCGCAGCUAGAGGCAGUCGAGCCAGGGGCAGCCGCAGCCUACCUCCGAUUCCUGGCCAAUGCCAAGGCUGCAUUCGAUGUGGGCACCAAGAACUUUAUUGAACAGGACUUCCGCAGCUUCUGGGACUACGCCAAUGUGCCCCGCUUGCUGCCUCUCCUGGGGAAGGUCUCCCCCAUUGAACUCCUUGGGCCGCAUGCAGCAAGGAUGGCCACCUACUUCAAGGAUCCUCGCCUACGCGCUCUCGUCACCUUCCAGGACCUGUACGUCGGCCUCUCCCCGAGGACGGCCCCCGGCGUCUUCUCCCUGCUGGCCGCCACCGAGCUCCUCGAUGGAGUCUGGUAUCCGCUGGGGGGCUUCAAGAAGGUUGGUGCCGGGCUGUUGGAGGCCGCAAAGGCAGCAGGCGUUAGCGUGCGGAGGGGCACUGCUGUUCGGAGUAUCCAGACAUCCGGCUCAUCGGUGCAAGGCGUGCUGUUAGAUGAUGGGACCAGCAUCCCGGCGGAUGUCGUGGUUGCCAAUCCCGACCUGCCGUACGUGUACGAGCAUCUCCUGGACGGCCCCGAGAACCAGCGCAAGGCAGCGCGGCUGGCGGGCCUGGACUACAGCGCCGGCGUCAUCGAGUUCUGCUGGUGUUUGGACCAGCCGCUGCCGCUGCUCUCGCACCACAGCGUCUUCCUGUCGGACGAGUAUGAGCGCAGCUGGGACCGCGCAACGGCUGCGGCGGCCCUCCCCCAACGGCCCAACUUCUACGUUGCAGCUCCCAGCCGAACAGACCCGUCCGCAGCGCCCCCAGGUGGUGACUCGAUCAUGGUGCUACUGCCCGUGGCCAACUUGGGUCAGAUGGAUGCUCGCGAUCUUGACGGUCUAGUUGCGAAGGGCCGGGCAGCCGUGCUGCGGCGGUUGGCGGAAGCGGGUUGUGGGGACGUGGAGUCGCACAUCGUGCACGAGACGGUCACGGACCCACUCGACUGGAGAGAAAGGUACAACCUGCAGCACGGGGCGGCGUUUGGGCUGGCGCACGGCCUAGCACAGCUUGCGUAUUUUCGGCCGGACCUGCAAGACUCACGUAUCAAGGGUCUCUUCUUCACGGGGGCAUCUACGCGACCUGGAAAUGGAGUGCCGUUGGUCAUGAUAGGGGCACAGCUCACAGCGCAACGUAUCACUGAGCAUCUUUCGGCCUCCGUUUGAAACCUCGAUAGUUACAAACUUGGAGGCUGUAGCUGCAAAACAGCAUGCCGGUCACAUGGGCAAGGGUCCCGAAAGUGCAUGAUUUUGUGAAAUAUCCUUUAGGAAUUAUACUGCACCCGGCAUCAUUGCAACUCACUGGAAUGCUUGUUCUGAUAGCCGAUUCUUUCGUAACUUUGA